AUGGUUAGUGGUGUCUCAUGUAAGAGACCAACGGCAUCCAACAAAAGACGUGCUAAGCAAACAGAACCUGAACCAAUGGAAGUGAAUGUCCCUGUGGAAGAGGAUGACCAUGUGGAUGCGAAUAAUGAUUAUGUUGACGACGAUAUUGGUGUGGAGGAUGACGAUGUCGAUAAUGAUAUUGGUGUAGAGGCUGACCUCAUGGAGGACGAUGUUGGUGUGGUUGAUGACAACAUAGAACCAGUUCCGGGUGCUCCAGAGGAUCCUUCAUUGCUAAUUAGCUUCCGUAACCAUGUUGCUGCCGCUGUUUGGAAGAAAAAGGAACAAGGACCUCUUAAAUGCUUGAAUCGUUCUCGAAAGCUUGCCGAGUGGCCAUGGAUGUCGCCAACAGUCCAAAAUAUUAGGCGGAGACAUUUGGUUGAGCAGUCUGGUCUUAGUGUCCUUAUUGAUCACACAUAUCGGCAUGGCAAUAGAGUGGCAAUAUCUACCUUCACUGAAAGGUGGCAUCCAGAGACAAAUACAUUUCACAUGCCAGAUGGUGAGAUGAUUGUCACAUUGGAUGAUAUGCAGACCAUACUUGGCAUUCCAAUCACUGGCAUGGCUUUGUCAUGUCCUAAGUUAACAAGAUACGAGGCUGCUGAACUGGUGAAUGCUACUUUGGGAGUGCCAGUGAAUGAUGCAUUUGCAGAAUUAGUUCAAUCUCAUAGGCAAUCCGUGAAGCUAAAGUGGUUGCGAAUUAGAUUUCAUGAAGUUAACGAUACAGAUGAUGCAAAUUUCAUAGAAUACGCAGCGAGAGCUUACUUGCUAUACUUAUUAGGUUGUAACCUCUUCGCUGACAAGAGUGGGACUCGAGUACCUGUUGCUUACCUGCACAUGUUGACUGACAUUGAUGUUGUUAGCUCAUAUGCAUGUAAUGAUGCUGCUUUCAAUGUUGGUGCUGCAAUCCAUAGGCUCGGUCGUGAUGAGUGUGACUUGCACCCUGACAUGCUGUAUAAAACCAUUGGUCGCAUGCUGCAAGUUCUUGAUGGACAGAGUUUUGGAUCUACUUCGACACGUACAGAGCAUCAAGUUUACUAUCGCAAACGUCGUAGGAUGGACCAUACAUGA